CACUGGCACAAAAGUUGGUAUUGCUUGGUUAGGACAACUGUGUCAAACAUCUGCAUCUUCACAAAGCAAUGGUUCCGGUCAGGCCUUUGUUUCAGGGGCUGGUGUAUCCACAAUUGUUAAAGACGAAUGGAAAGUAGUUGCACAUGAAGUUGGGCAUGGUUUCGGUGCUUACCAUGAUUGCACUUCAAGCACAUGUCCAUGCAGUAACGUCAAUGAUGCUUGUAGUUGCUGUCCAUUGAGUCAAACAACUUGUGAUGCUGGUGGACAAUAUAUUAUGAAUCCAACAAGCAACGUGAUCACGAAUGAUUUUAGCCCAUGUUCAAUCAACGAUAUCUGUAGCACGUUUCCAAAUAUCGGCACCUGUCUCCAAGAUCCAUCUACGAGUUCAAAAACCAUUCUUACUGCCGCUAUGUGUGGAAAUGGGCUGAAAGAGUCAGGAGAAGAGUGUGACUGUGGUACUGACUGCGCAAAGGAUCCUUGUUGUAAUGGAGCAACUUGUAAAUUAAAGAGUGGUGCGAAAUGCGACGAUAUGAAUGAUUUAUGUUGUAGGAAUUGUACUUAUAAACCUGUUAAUGAAACUUGCCGACCAGCGAUUUCCUCUUGUGAUAUUCCGGAAGUUUGUCCUGGCAAUUCUGGUGAUUGCCCGCCAGAUUCACAUAUUUCAGAUGGUACAUCAUGUGGCAAUGGUCUUCAAUGUGCUGGUGGCAUAUGUACGUCAAGGGAUUUGCAAUGUGCUACACGUGGUUCUCGUAUGGGAAUUACGAAAGCAUGUACAAUUACAUCCUUUUCAUCAUGUACUAUUAGUUGUGCUAAUCCGAAUGAUACAACUCAAUGCCUUGAAAUGAGUGGAUAUUUUGUGGAUGGUACUUCUUGUGGAUUUUGUGGAAAGUGUAGUAAAGGAACUUGUGUAAACAGUUCAUUUGGAGAAUCUAUCAUAUGUUGGAUAAAUCAAAACAAAAAUAUAGCAAUUCCUAUUGCUGUAAUUCUUGGAUUACUUGUAGCAUUAUGUUGCUGCCAAUGUAUUUAUCGUAAAUCCAAAAGACGACAUAGUAGGUUCACAACACGUGUCCCCUCGAUACCUCCAGAUGAAGCAGCGGCUAUAGGAAGCAGUAAUUAUAACACAGGAUGGGUUGAUCCGACGCCGUACAAUGGUCCUCCGACUAAUAAUGAACGUUACCCUAAUCCGCGUGAUCGAGCAACAAGCCCUAAUAAUGGCCCACGCUCACCAGGUCAUCAAUAUACCGACCCGCUAAUUCCGACUAGUAAUGAACGUUACCCUAAUCCGCGUGAUCGAGCAACAAGCCCUAAUAAUGGCCCACGUUCACCAGGUCAUCAAUAUAGCGAACCGUUAGUUCCGAUAAAUUCACCACCAACUACGUACAAUCACAUGCCCCGAUCUGCGCCAGUGCAACAAAUGUAUUCCAAUUCAUUAAGACCAUCAAGUCCAGGGAAUCCGAGAAACUACGAAGCUCCGAGGAGCCCGAGGAAUUAUACAAGUCCGAGAAGUCCGAGAAGUCAUGAUCAUUUUGUAGAUCCUACACCUUAUAAUGGGUAUUAA